UUAUGUACACCAGUAAUAUAUUGAAUAAGGAUUAGCAAGAGUGUGCGUUGUCAGACGUCGUUGUCGCUCGUGUAGACUCGUUGACACUCUGCCAAUAGCCAGUCUGCCCUAGCGGCUCAUGGUGUUCGGAGUAACGGACUUGGUGUGUGGUGCAGUAAUAGUGACUGAUGAUAUGGAAACAUGGAUUUUUACCAGAACAAAUUGCUCUGAGAGGAGCAUACUUUAAUAGGAUUAAUACUAUGACAAGAUAUCUAAUACUUUAUAUACCUUAAAUUCCACUUGUAAUAAUGAAUCUCAAUAUGGAUGGAUCUCGUCUUCAUGAAAUCAUCUCUGCACCUAUUAAGAAUCUACUGCAGUUACAAUGGAUCAAAGAGGUGAAAUGGAUGAAUUCGCGAGCGUGUACAAACGAGGCAUAUGUUCCAACCCCUGUGGAGCACGUUGCGAAUGUAGUUACUCAUGGUAUUUGGGUAGUACCCUCUUUGAUAGCAGCCCUUGAAUUAAUAAAUCGAUCUACAACUUGGACUCAACUUGUAUCCGCUAGUGUUUACGGUACCGCCUUACUUUUGGUCUUCACCGUGUCCACGUUCUUCCACAGCGUACACUACUGCAACCACAAUAAGCCAUUAAAGGACGUUCUUCAUCGGUGUGACCGCGCCAUGAUCUACGUUUUCAUAGCAGCAACCUAUUUUCCAUGGCUGAAUGCUAAGGAUUUUCCUGAUAACUUUUUAUUACCAAUUAUGCGAUAUCUUGUGUGGAUUAUGGCCACAUUAGGAAUUCUCUAUCAACAAGUCUUCCACGAACGAUACAAAAUGCUGGAAACCGUUUUUUAUUUAGUUAUGGGUGUUGGACCCAGUAUUGCAAUCGUCAAUGUUAGUGAGUUUAACGUCAUUGCAGAGCUCAAGGUGGGUGGUUUGAUUUAUGUGCUUGGAUUAAUAUUUUUCAAGUCCGAUGGGCGGAUACCCUGUGCUCAUGCGAUCUGGCACAUAUUUGUAGCUACUGCUGCUUCAUUUCAUUAUUAUGCUAUACUGUACCAUCUCUAUCCUGAAAUCACCGAAAUCAAGCAGGAUGCAACUGCAUCAAACAUACCACCGUUACCUAAUUUAUUGAAAUCUCAUUUAGAACUAUAGAAUACAUUCUAAAGUGAUUGAAUGCCGAGAUCUUGCAUGGAACUUAUUUCUAUAAUCAAUGAGAUAUAUAUAAAAUUAGAAUCCUUGAAGACGCAAUUUAUAUCUCUAGAUAAUGUUCCAUUUCAGUAAGCUCCUCUUCUCGGUUGUAUAUACACAUAUAGGCAUAACUAUAUAGACAAAGGUACCAACGAUCAAAUAGCACAGUACACAAUAAAGAUAUACAUAUAUUUUUGUGGAACUGCUAUAAUUCCAUAUUUACGAGGAUAGAUUGUUUUACUGUAUAUUUUAUUAAAAACAUUCUUUCUUUUUUCUAUUAUUAUUAUUAGCUCCGUCGUGUUGCUCUCUUUCAUGGGAUCAUAUUUUUUUUUAAAUAACUUUUCGCUUUGGGAACAAUGUCUGAAUCGACGUACAAUGUGCAAUUUUUUCAAGGGUAGGAACAAAGUGGGGAGAAUAAAUUAUUUCAGUGUUUCUGACAACACUCUAAACAAUCUGGUUUGCUUAUAUACACAAAAAGGAUGGAUAGAUAUUUCUACGAGCUGAAAUAGUAGAUUCGAAAUCAUUUUGUGAAAUUGUGUCAUAACAAAUUUGAUUAAUAAUCAUCAAAUUGUUAUCAAGGCUUCUAAGUUCUCUGUAAGAGACGUGGUCUGAUUUUACGUCAGCGGUGUAUCAUUGAGUAAUGUAUCUUGAUAUGUGAUACAAUAUUAACAUCACAAUGCAAUUCAAGCUAUACACUUUGUGUUGCCCGUGUCUGCAGGAUGAAAAUCAUAUUAAUAAAGAAAAAAACAGGGAUAGGAAAAACUUCAGUAAUAAUGUCUAUCAUCGUCUGAUGUCAAAACGUUUUUCGACAUUUUAAUAUUCAUGCGUCUUCUUCCAAGCCGAUUUACAUCUGAUUUACGAGAGACGCAUCCGUCAGAUUAUUGUUCAUUGUUUAUCUACAUAUACAUAUGUGUAAACUCGGGUGCCAAAGGUCAGAUUUGUUAGACGCCCUAAGCAAUGUCUUUAUAAGCGGGCAUUAUAUGCCAGGAUAAUUGGCGAGACCAGAGAGCGAUGAUUGUCUAAGAUCAUGACGCAGAAUCACCAUAUUUUAUUUUUUAAGAAUGAAAAUACUAGACACAAUAGUUAACGAACGAGGGUAUAUAACGUUUGCUAUUGUGGCUUUACGUACUAAAUAUUGAUAUUGCGAUUGUAGUUUCCAUAAUCUAUGUAUAUUCGGCGUAAGAGGUAUAAUUGUAGUAAAGAAUGAAGUACAAAGAUGCUGAGAAAUCAAAUGUAAUUGUAUUAUUUUAAUUAUUUUUUUUCAUAAACACUACGUGAUGUGUAACAGACUAGAGCGUAUAGCUGUCUUUAUAUUAGAUACCAAGUGUUCAAUUGUGGCAUUUGAAAUAGUAUACUAGCUAUUCCAAAAUAAAGUAUGUAAUACAAUA